AUGGGUGUUAAGCCCAGAACUGACCGACCCGUCGCAGUCAUCGGCGCUGGUGUCCUCGGCCGCCGCAUCGGCUGUGUCUUCAUCGCUGCUGGCUACCAUGUCCACAUCCGGGAUCCCUCGUCGGUGGCCCUCCGCGACGCGGCAGAGUUCAUCGAUCACCACAAAGCUGAGUUCUCAUUAAUGCCGCGCAUUCACAAGGAACGCGAAGGAGAUAGCGAGGGAAAGGCGAACGGCCCUAAAGCCCCGACCUCUAUCUCCCAGGUUGAUCUCGAGUCGUCUACUUCUGCACCCUACGGGAUUUGCAAGACAUUUACUGAGCUUGAGCCCGCUGUUGCCAAUGCUUGGCUGAUUAUCGAGGCUGUGCCCGAGGUGCUGCAGUUGAAGAUUGAUACUCUAGCGGACUUGGACAAGUAUGCCCCGGCGGAUUGUUACAUCGGCUCCAACAGCUCCUCUUUCAAGUCAAGCUUGAUGCUUGCUAAAGUCUCUCACAAGCGUCAGAAGAAUGUCUUCAAUAUUCACUUCGCCAUGCCUCCUGCUAUCCGCAUGGUCGAGCUGAUGACUUGUGGUCAGACCAAUCCCGAUAUUUUCCCAUACUUGGAGGCUGUUUUGGGUGAGUGUGGCCUGCUGCCAGUGACAGCUCGCCGUGAAUCCACUGGAUUCGUCUUCAACCGCCUCUGGGCAGCAGUCAAGCGCGAAAUCAUGUGCAUUCUCUCCGAAGGUGUCAGCGACCCGAGCGAAAUCGACUUACUCUGGGAACACAUGUUCAAGAACGGCCCUCUCCCCUGUCAACUGAUGGAUCAAAUCGGCCUCGACACUGUCGCCUUUAUUGAAGACAACUAUAUCAAAGAGCGGGGUCUAUCCCCUGCUCCAACCGUCGACUGGCUACGGAAGGAAUACCUCGAGCAAGGACGUCUUGGGAAGAAGAGCGAAAAGGGCGGCCUCUACCCCCCGCUCGCAAAAUCCGCUUCCGCAGAAGCAACUCCAGCAAACCCACACAGCGCCGCAAAAGACAUCUACCUGCUAGAUGUCGGUCUCGGUGGAAACGCCAAAGAUGUCUCACAAGUCCACUCAAACGGCAAAAUCCUACGUCUCAACCUCGCAACACAAAAGCUCACCCCAGUCGUAGUGGGCCAGAACUUGCCCGAUGGUAUUGACGUAUCACUGUCCACGCAGCGAGUCUUCUGGACGAAUAUGGGCCGCAGCACGGCCGGUUGUGAUGGCUCUGUCUGGUCUGCUGACUUGGAGGGCGGCGAUGUGACUUGUCUUAUCCCCACCGGACAGGUGCACACGCCCAAGCAGCUCGCUGUUGUCGAAUCACGGAAGCAGAUCUACUUCUGUGAUCGCGAGGGUACAGGCGUGCACCGCUGUGACUUUGAUGGUAGUAAUCACGUUGUUUUGGUGCAGCGGCGUGCGGAGCCUGGCUCGAGUCUGUUGGACCAGAUGACGCUUUGGUGUGUGGGUAUUGCUGUCGAUGCUGAGCGCGGUGUCUUGUAUUGGACACAGAAGGGCCCUUCCAAGGCUGGUCGUGGUCAGAUCUUCUGCGCUGGCUUGGAUAUUCCUGCUGGUGAGACUGCUGAGAAUAGAACUGAUAUCCGGCGUCUGUGGAACAACCUCCCCGAACCCAUUGAUAUUGAACUGGAUAGCGAGAGCCAGACUCUCUACUGGACGGAUCGUGGUGAGCAUCCUUUCGGCUGCACGCUGAAUCGUGCGUAUGUUGGUGGUGAAGAUAUGGAUAUGGAGAAGGUUAUUCUUGCGCGUCACUUCCACGAGCCUAUUGGCUUGAAGUUGGACAAGGCGAAUAACAUUGUGUAUGUGGCUGACCUGGGUGGUAGCUUGUACUCGGUGUCAUUGGAGGAUGGAGUUAAGACUGAACUUGCGCGCAAUGAUGCUUGUUACACUGGUUUGACUCUUGUAUAG